UCAACAACAAGAGUACCUACUACUCUUGUUGAAGUGUGUUAUAUACUACUCUUGUUGCUAUUCUAGUUGUUUGGAAUAGGAUACAGUAAAUUGCAAAUUGCAUACAGCCUAUAGAAAUUUGUGCCCAUGUGAGCUCAAGCAUUUGAUUGGUCAGAUUAAUUUACAAAGGCUAUUAAUAAUGACUACCAAGUUGAAUCAACAUGCAAUUCAUUGUAGUGUUGGAAUCACCUCAAAGGUCUGGUAGCCAUGUGUGCUUUUGUUUAAUAAGAAUGUCAACAAUGAUUUUAAAUCUAAUUUUCCUACUUUUGCUGCAGUACAUUGAUUGUGCUGAUAUAAAUGUUCACCCAGUGUCUAUUAAUACAACACUCAACUCUACUGUUGUCUUCUCUUGUGAAGCUAUUGCUGAUGAUCUUUCCUUCAGGGUUAAUAAUACACCAGCUACUAACAUAGGUGUUAUAGCUAAAGGAUUCAGUGAAACAGUAUUUAAUAAUGGCGGUACUAGAGAAGCAGAGUUGGAAGCCAUGGCUUAUGAUUAUAAUAAUAAUACUGAAGUGAAGUGUAGAGCUAUUAAUGAUGAACCUUUUGUAAUAGUAUUCAGUAUAAUACAACAAUAUUAAUGAUACAAGGUUAAUGUCUGUGUAUGUGUGCAUGCGUGUGCAUCAAUAUUUACUUUUUAGGUCUAUUGGAU